UUCGCUCCUCCUCCACCAGUAUGUAGAGUAGUGGUGUGGUGGGAGGUUGCCAGCCCCUGCCUCCCUGCAAUGCCCUGAUCCAGAGUCUGUUUAGUCCGCCAGCUUCGUCACCGCUCUCCGGCAUCUACCUAUACUCCCUCACACGCCAGACACACCAAGGGCUGCUUCCUCCCUCAGAUCAGAACUCUGGAGAUCCUCGCCGACACCUGGGAUCGCCGGGUUGUUGAUGUUUUAGAGGCUCUAGGCGGAUCUUAACGAAGGAGGAGGCAAGGCGGCAAGGAGGUGUACUGGCGAGUAAUGGGCCUCAUGCGCUAGUCCCUCCGCCUCCGCCAUCACGUUCAGCAGGCAGACCCUCGCUUGCAUGUUGCAGCAUCAGGAGUAGAAAACGCAGGAGGAGGAGAAGGAGGAAGAGAAGAGGCCGGAACAAAGAAGCAAGAACGCGGCCUACCACAGCUACCACUGCCAUCAAUCUCACUGCUUCAACCUCCACGACCACACGCCACUCAGAUCACCACUACUACUACCACCGUCACCACCACAGCAGCCACAGCCAACGUCUUCGUCAGCGUCAGUCUCAACACAUAUUCAGACGAGGGAGGAGUAGCAUAGCGGGAGGUCCUGUCUCUUUUUGGCGUGUCCUGCUGCAAGAUCACCAAGCGGCUGGACAGACACACGUACAGACACACCCACCUGCUAGUACCUCGGGCCGCCGCCACCACCUCCAUCACCUCCACCCCCUCACACUCACACGCGCCGAGACACCUGCCCAGGUCUCGCCUUCGUCUCUUGGGUGGUGGCUUCCUGUGGAUGGUGAAGAUGCAGGCGGUGCAGUCGGCGCUGGCCAUCAGGAGGCAGCGGUCCAGGCGAGAAGAUGCACGGCGGGCCAAGGAGCGGAGGGCCAGUGGGGCGUCGCUGUCCACGCCGCGGCCCUCCGUGGUCACGUUGGACGGCCGAGUGUACUUCAAUGAGGAGCGGGAGAACAAGCGGCUGCUGGGGCAGGUGACCAUGUUUCACGUGGGCUCCGUGUUCAUCGUGAUUGGCCUCAUGCUCACCAUCACGUCCCUGGUGCCCGGCUACGUCAAAAGCACCACACCGGAGAGACGCAACGACUUGCUGGGCACCGGCUGUUUUUGUGUGUUCCUGGGCGGCGUGCUCACCACCAUCAGCCGCUUCGUCUCCAACAACGAGGAGGAGGAGCUCAAUAAGUACAUCAAGGGCCGCCUCUCCCGCUCCAAGUCUGGCCAUCGGCUGGUGCGGGACGCAGAGAGUGGACUGCCCACACCCACCCGCGAGCGGCGCAAUAAACCUAAUCAAAACGGUGUGGCCGUCCACUCUCCAGCCAAGACCGCUCACAGUGGCCCGAAGACACCCACCAAGAAGAUCGAGACAAGAAACUCAACCUCCUCAAUGAGCAGUGAGCCUGAGGCCACCAGCAGCUCGUCACCACCCGAGGAAGAGUCGGUCAUGAAUCCCUCGGCCUCCAUGGAGCCUGUGCUCUCCCGCAUCCUGGAAGAGGACGAGAACGACGGAGAGGCAACAACUGAGCCCAUCGACUCCACGCCGGAGUCAUCUCUGACGCCCACGUCUCCCUUGGAAACCCAAGGCCUGCUGGAGCGUCACCACUCCGCACCAAGAAAGGGUUCAAAGUCGUCCUCCAAAAGCUCCAGCAAAAGCUCCCGCCAUUCCGGAGUCUAGAAGACGAACGACAAGAACCGUGAAGUCCCCGCCUCGGGUGCCCCGCGUCUGAAUCCUGCGGCCCAGAGGAGUUGUCGGCUUGAGGAGGAAGUCGUCAUCCUUACACAGUGGUGGCUGGGUGGCGCCUCUCAGAACAUGGUCGCCGUCAAUAAAUUUCUACUACG